CAACUCAGAAGGGCAACUGUGGAGACCACAUUGAAAAAAGGAUGACCAUGAACAGAGUUCUGAUUCUGGGGACUCUUGCCCUGACCACCAUGCUGAGCCCUGGUGGCAGUGAAGACAUUGUGGCUGAUCAUGUUGCUUCCUAUGGAGUAAAUGUCUACCAGUCUUAUGGUCCCUCUGGCCAGUACACCCAUGAAUUUGAUGGUGAUGAGGAAUUCUAUGUGGACUUGGAGAAGAAGGAAACUGUCUGGCAGCUGCCCAUGUUUCAAACAUUUAGAAGAUUUGACCCACAUGGUGCACUGAGAAACUUGGCAAUAGCAAAACAAAACUUGAACAUCAUGAUUAAACGCUCCAACUAUACCGCUGCUACCAAUGAGGUUCCUGAGGUGACCCUGUUUCUAAAGUCUCCUGUGAUGCUGGGUCAGCCCAACACCCUCAUCUGUCUUGUGGACAACAUUUUUCCUCCUGUGAUCAAUGUCACGUGGUUGAAGAACAGGCACUCAGUCACAGAAGGUGUUUCUGAAACCAGAUUCCUUGCCAAGAAGGAUCAUUCCUUCCUAAAGUUCAGUUACCUCACCUUCCUCCCUUCUGCUGAUGAUAUUUAUGACUGCAAGGUGGAGCACUGGGGCCUGGAUGAACCACUUCUGAAACACUGGGAACCUGAAAUUCCAGCCCCUAUGUCAGAGCUGACAGAGACCAUGGUCUGUGCCCUGGGGUUGGCUGUGGGCCUUGUGGGCAUUGUGGUAGGCACUGUCUUCAUUGUCCAAGGCCUGUGCUCAAGUGGUACUUCCAGACAUCAAGGACCCUUGUGAGCCACACCCUAGGAAGGAAGUUGUUACCUACAGUGAGCUGUCUGGGAUAUUCCAUCCAGUUCCCUGAUUCUUUGUAACCCUGAUCCAUUAUUCAGGUGGAAAUAAUAAAUUU